UGCUUGCGAUUUUUGUAGUUCUACGUUUUGUACCGAAUCGCUUGUAACAGAUCACGAGAAAAGCGAACACGGUGUUACAAAUUUCAUGUGUGCUGAAUGUGAGUAUACAACAAGUUCCAAGAAAAGUUUGGAGACUCAUUUAAAGAGUCACUCUUUGGAGAAUAAUUUAAAUUGUAGUAACUGUAGUUACACAACUUCGUGUAAAAGUGAUUUACACAAACACCAAACAGUACACAUGGCUGGAGAGCCUUUAAAGUGCAGUGACUGCGAUUUCAAAUGCAGUGUUGAAUCAAACCUGCGACGUCACCAGAAGACGCACAACCGGAGAGACCAGAGAAUACUCACUGGAAAACAGCUUUACAAAUGUAGUAAUUGCGACUACAAGUGUAAGUCUAGGUCAGUCUUACGAAAACAUGACAGGACACAUACUAGGGCGAAGCCAUUGCAAUGUAGCCACUGUGAUUAUAAAUGCGCUCAGAAAGGAAAUUUAAAAAGACACCAGAGGAUACACACUGGAGAAAAACCCUAUAAAUGUAGUCACUGCAACUACAAGUGUAGUGUUAGUUCUAAUUUACGAGAUCAUGAAAGGACACACACUGACGAGAAGCCUUUUCAGUGUAGCCAGUGUGAUUACAAAUGCAGUCAGAAAUCAUAUUUAAAAAUACACCAGAAGACACAUACUGGCGAGAAGCCUUUUCAGUGUAGCCAAUGUAAUUAUAAAUGCAUUCGGAAAUCACAUUUAAAAUUACACCAGAGGACACACACUGGCGAGAAGCUUUUUCAGUGUAGCCACUGUAAUUAUAAAUGCAGGCUGAUAUCACAUUUAAAAAUACACGAGAUGUCACACACUGGAGAACAGCCUUACAAAUGCAGACAUUGUGACUACAAGUGCAGUCAGAGUUCAACCUUACGAUACCACGAAAUGACACAUACUGGCGAGAAGCCUUUUCAGUGUAGCCACUGUGAUUAUAAAUGCAGUCGGAAAUCAUAUUUAAAAAUACACCAGAAGACACAUACUGGCGAGAAGCCUUUUCAGUGUAGCCAUUGUAAUUAUAAAUGCAUUCGGAAAUCACAUUUAAAAAUACACCAGAGGACACACACUGGCGAGAAGCCUUUUCAGUGUAGCCACUGUAAUUAUAAAUGCAGGCUGAUAUCACAUUUAAAAAUACAGCAGAUGUCUCACACUGGAGAACAGCCUUACAAAUGCAAACAUUGUGACUACAAGUGCAGUGAUAGUUCUGCCUUACGAAUACAUGAAAGGACACAUACUGGCGAGAAGCCUUUUCAUUGUAGCCAAUGUGUUUACAAAUGUAGUAAGAAAUCAAAUUUAAAAAUACACCAGAUGUCACACACUGGCGAGAAGCCUUUUCAGUGUAGCCACUGUAAUUAUAAAUGCAAGAUUAAAUCACAUUUGAAAACGCACCAGAUGACACAUACUGGCGAGAAACCUUUUCAUUGUACGCAAUGUAAUUAUAAAUGCAUUCGGAAAUCACAAUUAAAAAUACACCAGAGGACACACACUGGCGAGAAGCCUUUUCAGUGUAGCCAAUGUAAUUAUAAAUGCAGCCUGAAAUCACAUUUAAAAACACACCAGAUGUCACACACUAGCGAGAAGCCUUUUCAAUGUAGUCACUGUAAUUAUAAAUGCAGACUGAAAUCACAUUUAAAAAUACACGAGAUGUCACACACUGGAGAACAGCCUUACAAAUGCAGACAUUGUGACUACAAGUGCAGUCAGAGUUCAAACUUACGAUACCACGAAAUUACACAUACUGGCGAGAAGCCUUUUCAGUGUAGCCACUGUGAUUAUAAAUGCAAUCAGAAAUCAAAUUUAAAAAUACACCAGAAGACACAUACUGGCGAGAAGCCUUUUCAGUGUAGCCAAUGUAAUUAUAAAUGCAAGCUGAAUUCACGUUUAAAAAUACACGAGAGGACGCACACUGGAGAACAGCCUUACAAAUGCAGACAUUGUGACUACAAUAGCAGUGAUAGUUCAGCCUUACGAAUACAUGAAAGGACACAUACUGCCGAGAAGGCUUUUCAGUGUAGCCACUGUGAUUAUAAAUGCAGUCAGAAAUCAAAUUUAAAAAUACACCAGAUGUCACAUACUGGCGAGAAGCCUUUUCUGUGUAGCCAAUGUGAUUAUAAAUGCAGGCAGAUAUCACAUUUAAAAAUACACGAGAGGACGCACACUGGAGAACAGCCUUACACAUGCAGACAUUGUGACUACAAAUGCAGUCAGAGUUCAAACUUACGAUACCACGAAAUGACACAUACUGGGGAGAAGCCUUUUCAGUGUAGCCACUGUGAUUAUAAAUGCAGGCUGAAAUCACAUUUAAAAAUACACGAGAGGACACACACUAGAGAAAAGUCUUUCAAAUAUAGGUAAACAGUCAUUGUGAUAAAUCAACCCAACGAUGUCACCAGAAGACGCUUGGGCCAAAGCUUAAAACGUAGCAACAGCUACUACAAGAGCGGCCUGCAGUACAACAGCACCUGCGAAGACGCUGGGUGAUACACACGGGAGAGAAGCCUUAUAGGGAACGGUCGGGUUGGAGGCGAUGCCACAUUUUAACCUAAAUUUGUGUAUUUAAUUAGUUUUAGUUAAGUUUUAAGUUAGGUUAACGCUGAAAAUCAAGGCUGUGCCGUGGGAAUCCU